AUGAGGUCCGCACCGCCCGAGGUCAUUGCGUCAUGGCCAAAGCCAAACUACAUCGACCCUGUCACGCGAGGGCCUGCCCUGAUGGUCGUCGAACUCACGCUACUACCCAUCGCCAUGGUUAUCGUCUUCAUGAGACUGUACGUCCGGAUAGUGUGGCUGAAGAAGAGCUGGUGGGACGACUACCUCAUGGUUGCUGCUAUGGUCUUCUCCGUUGGAACCACAGUGCUGGUAAUUAUGGCUACACAAUUGUACGGCUGGGAUAAGCAUGUGUGGGACAUGAAACUCCCCGAGCUAUCGACUGGGCGAAAGGCGUCGAUGGCUGGACAGACGUUGUUCGUCCUUGCUUCUAGCACCGUCAAGAUGUCUAUUCUGGUGUCGUACUUUCGCAUCGCACCAGAGAAGUCGCUUUUCCGUAAGCUCGUCUGGGGUACCUUCGCCCUCGUAUUCGCCGCGUUCGUCGUCUUCCUCGUGGCACUGUGGGUACAAUGCAUCCCCAUCUCCAGUUACUGGAAGCUUACCGCGGAUCACCGAGACUGCAUCCCAGAAGGGCCACCCUUGAUGGUACAAAGCACCCUAAACGUAGUGACUGACUUCAUGAUCUACGCCUUGCCGAUUCCGACACUGUUCACGCUGUCACUUCCAUGGAACCAGCGUAUUGGUCUCGUGAUCCUCUUUUCAGUGGGAGGUGUCAUCGUAGUGGCCGGCAGUUUCCGGGCGUACUGGAUCCACUACACCCUAUUCGAGACUUACGACGCCACUUGGGAGGGCUACAACAUCUGGAUUUGGACUGCCAUUGAGACCAACGUCGGCGUGAUCUGUGGGUGUAUACCUGCCCUCAAGCCGUUACUAUUCCGUACCCGCGCACGAGUUCAGAACUCGAAGUAUGCCAACGGCUCCGACCACAGCAGGAGAAGGGAGAAAUUCACACCAAUCGUGGAUCAAGUUGAGAUGGAUGCGCGCAAACCAGCACUUCCAGUUGACAUCGAGUCGCGCCCUGGCACUGCAAUCCCUCUGCACUAUGGCAGUCCGCUCUCCGAGCGGCCCAUGAGUGGCUCGACCGACAGAAGUCGCUUUGAGAUGGAUAUUGAGCAACAAAAGAAAUACAUGUACUGA